AUGGCUGAGACAAAUAUUUCAGUAACUCAGGACCAGUUCAGCUGUUCAAUCUGUCUGGAAAUACUGAAGGAUCCAGUAACUACAUCAUGUGGACACAGUUUCUGUAUGGUGUGUAUCAACAACUGCUGGGAUCAGGAGGAUGAUAAGAGAACAUACAGCUGUCCACAGUGUAGACAAACUUUCACUUCAAGACCUGUUGUGAGUAAAAGCAUCAUUCUGGCUGAAGUUGUGGGGAACCUGAAGAAGAGAGAAUCCCAAGUUCCACUUCCUGGACCUGAAGAUGUGGAGUGUGAUUCCUGUACUGGGAGAAAAUACAAAGCUGUUAAAUCCUGUCUGGUGUGUUUGGCCUCUUUCUGUGAAACUCACCUCCAGCCUCACUAUGAAUCUCCUGCUUUUAAGAAGCACAAGCUGGUUAAAGCCUCCAGACGACUCCAGGAGCAGAUCUGCUCUCAGCAUGAUAAACUGCUGGAGGUUUACUGUCGUACUGAUCAGCAGUGUAUCUGCAUGUUGUGCACCAUGGAUGAACAUAAAGGACAUGAUACAAUAUCAGCUGCAGGAGAAAGAACUGAGAAACAGCAGCUGCUGGAGAUCCAGAGAAAAUUCCAGAAGGAAAUCCAGAACAGAGAGAAGAAACUUAAUGAGCUGAUAAACGCUGUCGAGUCUCACAAGUGUUCUGCACAGACAGCAGUGGAGAACAUUGAGAGGAUCUGUACUGAACUAAUCAACUCAAUUAGGAAAAGAUACUCCGAGGUGAAAGAACUGAUCAGAGAUCGAGAGAAAGCUGAAGUCAGUCAAGCUGAAAGGGUCCUGAAGCAAUUGGAGCAGGAAAUUGAAGAUCUGAAGAAGAAAGAUGCUGAACUGGAGCAGCUUUCACACACAGAGGAUCCCAUCCAUUUCCUCCAGAGCUUUCAGUCUCUCUUGACUCCUGCUGGAUCUGCAGAAUCACCCGCCAUCACAAUCAGUCCUUUCCUCUCAUUUGAUGAUGUUACAGAGUCUGUAUCUCAGCUGAGAGAGAAAGUAGAAGAAUUCUGGGAAGAGCAGUUUGAGAAGAUACCAAAUGAAGGUGCAGUGGAUGCUGCACCUGCAAGGAUACAGGAGCUGGAGCACAAGUUCUUCACAGGGAAUAACCGAAAAAUUCAGUUUUUUCUCUGGGUCGAGCUCCUUGGGAAGGUGCCAGUCCAGCAAAAACACAAAACUGCAGCUAAAGGAGAGUUUGUGAGAUCAGUCAUGGCCUUCUCCAGCAGUUUCCUGUCUGAAGAUCAGCUCCAGUGCUCCAUCUGUCUGGAUGUGUUCACUGACCCAGUCUCUACUUCAUGUGGACACAACUUCUGCAUGAUCUGUCUCAAAAAAUGCUGGGACACCAGUUCAGUCUGCCAGUGUCCAGUUUGUAAAAAAGAUUUCUCUAAAAGACCUGAACUUAAUGUAAAUACUUUCAUCUCUGGUCUGGCUGCUGAGUUUAAGAAAUCAGUUCAGGUGAAAUCCAGCAGCGCUGCAGAACAACUUCCCUCCAAACCUAAAAGUGUGCUGUGUGAUUACUGCACUGAGGAGAAGCUGGAGGCUGUAAAGUCCUGUCUGGAUUGUGGAGUUUCUUACUGUAACACUCAUCUGAUGCCUCAUAGAACUGUAGCUAAACUCAAGAAACACAAACUGAUCGAUCCUGUAAAGAACCUGGAGGAUUACAUCUGCCAGAAACAUGAGAAACCUCUGGAGAUGUUCUGUAGAGACGACCAGGCAUAUGUUUGUUUGUUCUGUACAUUAGAUGACCACAAGAACCACAGAACUGUUUCUCUAGAGGAGGAGAUUGAAGUGAAGAAGAACCAGCUUGGUGAGAUACGAGCAGAACUUCAGCAGAUGAUCCAAGAGCGACUAAAUACUAUUGAGGAAAUCCAAAAAUCUGUAGAACUUCAUAAAAAAAACACAGAGAAGGAGAAAGCCGCCAGUAUGAUGAUGUUCAGAUCUCUGAUGAGCUGCAUUGAGAGAAACCAGGCUGAGCUGAUUAAAGUGAUGGAAGAGAAGCAAAAAGCAGCAAAGAAACAGGCUGAAGAGUUCAUUAAAGAUCUGCGACUAGAAAUCAGUGAACUAAAGCGGAAAAACACUGAGCUGGAACAUAUCUCCAACAUUGACAAUCAUCUCCACCUUCUACAGAUUUGCUCAUCUCUGUGCAGUCCUCCACCCACCAAGAACUGGACUGAUACCAAGAUUAACCCUCAUCUGAAUGUGGAGACUCUGAGGAGAGCUCUGUCUCAGCUUCAGAAAUCUCUUGAUACUGAAAUGAACAACCUUCCUGAGAUCAUGGACGUGACUCUGGAUCCUGAUACAGCAAAUUCUUACCUGAUACUGUCAAAUGAUGGAAAACAAGUGAGAGAUGGAGACAAACAACAGAAUCUCCCUGAUAAUCCAGAGAGGUUUGAUCGUUGUGUCUGUGUACUGGGAAAGCAGGGAUUCUCUUUAGGAAGAUUUUACUAUGAGGUGCAGGCUCCUCAAAAGGUGGGGGUGUUUGUGGAUUAUGAGGAGGGUUUGGUCUCCUUCUAUGAUGUAGAUGCCAGAUCUCAUAUUUACACUUUUAUCGUUCAGUCUUUCACUGAAAAACUCUACCCGUACUUCCGUCCUUCCCUCAAUUAUGGAGUUUUGUUGAAAAUGGCUGAGGUAAAAAAUUCAGUAACUCAGGAUCAGUUUUGCUGUCCAGUCUGUCUGGAAACACUGAAGGAUCCAGCUGCUAUUCCAUGUGGACACAGUUUCUGUAUGGUGUGUAUCAACAACUGCUGGGAUCAGGAGGAUGAUAAGGGAUCAUACAGCUGUCCACAGUGUAGACAAACCUUCGCUCCAAGACCUGCUGUGAGUAAAAACAUUAUUCUGGCUGAAGUUGUGGAGAACCUGAGGAAGAGAAAAUUCCAAGUUCCACUUCCUGUUGGACCUGAAGAUGUGGGAUGUGAUUCCUGCACUGGGAGAAAAUUCAAAGCUUGCUGGCGGAUCCUAACAGUUAAAUCCUGUCUGGUGUGUUUGGCCUCUUACUGUGAAACUCACCUCCAGCCUCACUAUGAAUCUCCUGCUUUUAAGAAGCACAAGCUGGUUAAAGCCUCCAGACGACUCCAGGAUCAGAUCUGCUCUCAGCAUGAUAAACUGCUGGAGGUUUACUGUCGUACUGAUCAGCAGUGUAUCUGCAUGUUGUGUAUCAUGGAUGAUCAUAAAGGACAUGAUACAAUAUCAGCUGCAGCAGAAAGAACUGAGAAACAGAAGCAGCUGCUGAAGAUCCAGAAAAAAAUUCAGAAGAAAAUCCAAAACAGAGAGAAGAAACUUUAUGAGCUGAUGAACGCUGUGGAGUCUCACAAGAGCUCUGCACAGACAGCAGUGGAGAACAUUGAGAGGAUCUGUACUGAACUCAUCAACUCAAUUAACAGAAGAUGCUCUGAGGUGAAAGAACUGAUCAGAGAUCGAGAGAAAGCUGUAGUCAGUCACGUUGAAAAAGUCCUGAAGCAGUUGGAGGAGGAGAUUGUAGAUCUGAAGAAGAAAGAUGCUGAACUGGAGGAGCUUUCACACACAGAGGAUCCCAUCCAUUUCCUCCAGAGUUUCCAGUCUCUCUCAGCUCCUGCUAGAUCUGCAGAAUCACCCGCCAUCACAAUCAGUUCUUUCCUCUCAUUUGAUGAAGUUACAAAGUCUGUAUCUCAGCUGAGAGAGAAAGUAGAAGAAUUCUUGGAAGAGCAGUUUAAGAAGAUACCGGAUGAAGUGAAGGAAGUUCAGAUCCUUCCACCUCAAACCAGAGAAGAUUUUCUACAAUAUUUCUGUUGGUUCACACUGGAUCCAAACACAGUAAAUGAACGUCUCAGUCCAUCUGAGGAGAACAAAGUGGCGACCUGUGGUACAUCAGAACAGUCGUAUCCUGAUCAUCCAGAUAGAUUUGAUCAUUACUCUCAGGUUCUGUGUAGAGAGAGUGUGAGUGGACGCUGUUACUGGGAGGUUGAGUGGAGUGGGAAUGAUGGGGUUUAUAUAGCAGUGGCAUAUAAAAGCAUCAGCAGGAAGGGACGUGGUUAUGAGUGUGUGUUUGGAUAUAACGAUCAGUCCUGGAGGUUGUUACGUUCUCCAUCCAGAUUUUUAUUCCUGCACAAUAACAAAACAACUGAAAUACCCAUAAUGCCAAGUUCCUCUAGAAUAGGAGUGUAUGUGGAUUACAGAGCAGGAACUCUGUCCUACUACAGCGUCUCUGAUACAAUGAAGCUCUUCCACAGAGUUCAGACCACGUUCACUCAGCCCCUCUACCCGGGGUUUUGGGUUUGUCCAGGAUCAACAGUGAAACUGUCAGAUUCAACAAAUUAAAUAUAAAAUUUACAUGAAAGUGUAACAUUAAACUGUUUGGGUGAUUUUAGAAUCUCAUGUGAGGCAGUGAUACAU